GCUUCCCUUGGUGUCAACGCACUGCGCCAAGCCCCUCCCGGCAACCUUCCGUCUGCUUGGGCCGCCUUGGAACUCCGUCCUUAGCCCCAGCUACAUCUAUUACCGCUAUUCGCCCAGCCUUCGCUCAACGUACUCCCCUCGUUGCGCAACCACUUGAACUACGCUUAGAAGAGGAGUUGCCUUCCACACAAUGAACCAGCAGUAUCUGACACCUCCGACGUCCUAUCGUCUAGCCGACGUGGCUCAAGGCGCCUAUGAUAUGCCCCUUAUGGCUAUGCAGCAGCAGCCGCACGAAUCCCACCCGUCCAUGGGCAAUCUCGUCCUCCUCGUCUUCGAGGCUGUCCUUGAGGUCGUUUGUGUCAGCUUGCCCGGCUACAUCGUUGCCCGCAUGGGCCAUUUCGACGCCGACAAGCAGAAGUUCUUGGCCAACCUCAAUGUCAUGCUCUUUACGCCAUGCCUUAGUACGUGCCUAUUGGCUCCCGCAGGCAAUGAACUUGCUAACGAACCCUUCCCUUAGUCUUCACCAAGCUAGCUUCCCAGCUCAACGCCGACAAGCUCCUCGACCUUGCCGUCAUCCCCGUCAUCUUCGUUAUCCAG